UAAAAAAAGUAGGAGUUAUAUAUUUUUCUUUUAUUUCAGACAGCAAGACACAAUGGCAUUUAUUGCUCAAUCUGGUAAAACUAUACAAGACUUGAAUGAUUGUAUCGCUGAAUUGAAAAGACAUUUUUAUGAGACCAAAGUGCCGAUUGAUGAUGACAAUGUGACUCUUCAUCGCUUUGAAGAAAAAAUAGAAUCAUUAUUACUAUUAGGUUUGAAAGAUAAACCUGGUCUACUUGGAGCGAAAAAAUCAUAUUGGGAUUAUAUUUGUGCUUGUUUUUCUCAUUCAAAACGAAGUCACGAAGGAAUUAAAUUUGUAAAAUCCUUAUCUGAAUUAAAAACUUCUCUUGGGAAAGGAAGAGCUUUUAUCAGAUUUUGUUUGAUGCAGAAGUGUCUUGCUGAUACUUUGCAAGCAUGUCUUAUGUCUGAAAAGAUUACUAGAGACUACUAUCCAGAAAAAUCUUUUCAUGCUCAAAAGAAGCUAUGGUCUCCAUUUUUAACAUCUGUGUAUGAUCUGAAUGAUUUGAACUUCGACCUUACAGCUCGGCACAUGGAGCUAGAUGUUUCUUGGCCUUCAUUUGCAAGGAAACAUUUUGUUGCUCAUGAAAAUAAUACAUUGCUUGAUAGAAAACACAGUUCAUCUAGUCUGUUUAGUUUUUCAUCACAGAAUGAGAGUAUACUUUAUGGUGACGGAUCUGAUGCUGCAUCACUUCAAGAGAAAGAUGAUGAUACUCUGUCAGUUUCAGUGGCAAGUAUUUGCGAGCUAACUGCUAUUAUUAUUUGAAGCUACAAUAAUUUUGGUUUUAAGAAUUUGAAUUAUUUUUGAUUUUAAGAAGGUAUGAUGAUCUUAAAUUUGCUUAU